AGUCGUGUUCCAAAAAUCCAAAGCCAGCCAGACUCUGAAACAACAAGCUCUCGCAUUUAUCAACAAAGUGCAAAAUUCUUAAAUUUUUAUCUGAUUUCGGGUGUUUUUAGUGUUAGGCUCAAUAUUUUGUGAGACCUUAGAUCAUGUGAGUGAUGAGGUGCAUAAAUAUGGUUUGGUCACAGUGAAGGAAGCUGUCUAAAACGUCGAUUUUGAGCCGAUUCCAGGCUGUGUUCCAAAACAAGCUACAGGCCGGAGGAAAAUUGUGCGCAUUGGUGUUUUGAUUAAAAUCAAUUGCCUGGAUUAACAAAAUUGCCGAUCUCCGAGAGCGUUAAUUCCUUGUCUACAACAUACAAACCAAAGGGAUAAAGUUACUAAACAUCACCUGUGACCAAAAAAAAAAACACGUCUAGUUAAACGCCGUUACUGAUACAUCAAUUAUCGUUACAUAGCGUGCAAUCUAGAAUUGCUGACAAAAUACUCAAAAUACUCCCAACAACACCCUCGCGAUUAGCAAGCCUUCGUAGGCGAUUCUAGUCAACGAACCGUAACCUAUCACUGCACCAUCCAAACCUUUGUCCGAUGAAUGGAGAGAGAUGACGGCGAUGGUCAUUAUGCCGAUAUAGUAUAAAACCAAACGAACAGUAGAACAAAACCGCGACAACUGAUUUUUGAUGAGCUCUGGAUUGCAAAAUAAAAGAGAUCGACUUACGUGUGGUGUCCGGACAGCGUACGACUUAAUUCACUUCCGGAAAACGUUCUAACGGGUAAUGGAGGGGGAACUAAUACACGUGACGCACUCAUAUGGGACACAACUGUCGACCAAGUGAUUUGGAGUGGUUUAGUUAUUUGCCGGUAAUCUUGUGGAACUGUAACAAUUACUCAAACAACCGAGAGACGGGUAGGGCUAAACCGAGAAAGCUAAUCUGCCGUUUCAGUGUCGAGAGUGUGUGGUUCGAGAUUCCGAACCAGUGAUAAAUGUGAGAUUAGAAAAUGUACCUGACCAACGAGAAGGAUAGUUUGGUCGUUUAGCCGCGCUGCAAAACAAGCUGGUUGAUAUUAUUAUACGUUAGGAUAAUUGCAUCACAAGUGAAAUAAGUUAGCUACAACUUUGUCGUCGCAAUGAAAAUCAUGGAAUUGGGUGGACGCAGUCAUAGCCAUCCCCGGACGUUGGUUACGCUUAUAUUUGGCACAGUGCUCGGAUUUGUGUUCGCCACUUUGAUCACCUCCAGCACCAAUCGAGCUCCGUGGCUACCGGAAUAUUACCACUCCAGGGAAGCUCCGGCGAUAGUAAGUGAUCCACAUACGGGCCAUGAGCUGAAGGGUGCCGAAGGUCCCGAACAGGAAGUCGGCAAUCACGCUUCCCACGAGGAAGUACACGCCCAUGAGAAUUCAUCGCUGGCGAAUCAACUGUAUCGGGAGGUACGGGUACUAUGCUGGAUCAUGACAAAUCCCAGUAAUCACAAAGCGAAAGCUCUGCACGUUAAGCGCACGUGGGGCUCACGGUGCAAUAAGUUGCUGUUUAUGAGCUCAAAGACUGACCCGCUUCUAAAUAGCAUCGCUCUGCCAGUGAAAGAAGGUCGCAAUAAUCUGUGGGCGAAAACCAAGGAAGCAUUCAAGUACAUCUACCAGCAUCAUCUCGACGAUGCCGAUUGGUUCAUCAAGGCUGAUGACGACACUUACGUUGUGAUGGAAAAUCUUCGAUACAUGCUGUAUCCAUACUCACCCAGCUUUCCAAUAUACUUUGGGUGUAAAUUCAAACCGUUCGUAAAGCAGGGCUACAUGUCCGGUGGCGCCGGCUACGUGCUUAGCAAAGCGGCUGUGAAACGAUUUGUGGAAGAGGCCAUUCCGAACAAAAACUGUCGGCAGGAUCACGAUGGUGCCGAAGAUGUGGAAAUGGGUAAAUGCAUGGAAUUGGUAAAAGUUCUGGCUGGUGAUUCAAGAGACUCUCUAGGAAGAGGUCGAUUCUUCCCGUUUGUACCUGAGCAUCAUCUGAUACCGAAUCACGUAGAUAAAGAUUUCUGGUACUGGAAGUACAUCUACUACAAGACAGACGAGGGGCUGGAUUGCUGCUCGGAUAAUGCAAUCUCGUUCCACUACGUCUCGCCCAAUCAGAUGUACGUGCUGGACUAUCUGGUCUACCAUCUGCGGCCAUACGGUAUCGUAGGUCACUCUCAACCUUUACCGAACAAGCUCUCCCUGACGGACAUCGUCCAUUCGGAUGAUCUAAGCAAAACUACCGAGCGACCCCAAAUGGACAAGGACUCCAGCCCGACUGAUGACAAACAGGUGUCCAACAAUCUUUUGCUGGAUUAGUACUAGUUGAAACAGCGUUCUUUAAUAGUAAGGUGAGAAGUAUGUGAUUGACAAAUGUGCUGUCGAGUGUUUGGGUUUGUGCGAUUUUAUUUCAACACCUAGUAGUCCGUACAAAGUAACGAUUUGUAGGCAUUUUUGAAAUUAUAAUCUUCAUCCGCCAUAUUAAGUAGUUGCCGCAGAGCAGAAAUACCAAAGUUUUUAGCGUAAGUCAUAAUCCUAUUAUAUGAAACGCCUCUUAUUCCGCUGGGAACUAUGUUUAACGAAUCUCGGAAUAAAGUGAUGACAUGAUGUGUUUUAAACCUA